AUGUCUGCGGGAGAAGAUGAAGCCAAAUAUCCUGGUCAGAUAUCGGGUAUACCUCCCUCCCCAACAAGAGAAAAUCCUGGCGCCGUCUUCCCGAAGAACGAUCCUUCGAAAGCUGCUUCUCCAACACCACCCCGUUCGACACCGCCCGAAAACUACCUCGGUAACCCAUAUCUGAUGCGUGGCGCAUUAGAUAAAGUGGAUCGGGCGAUAGGGCAUAUGAUAUCCAUCUUGGAAGACGAAGAGAUAUCUCAGGGUGGGUCGCGUGAGGAGAAUGUGCUCCUUCAGAAGUUUAAAGGAUGGAGGGGUGAACUGGAUCUGAUCAGGUUUGGGAAUUUGAGUCCACCGGUACCCAGUAAUAUCGGACCUACGGAGUCGGCGCAGGAAGGCGGGAUGUUCAUUGAUUAA